GAGAGGACUGUACCAGGACAAGGUGUUCUGCUUCAUCCAUAUGAGUGUUCAGGAGUUUCUGGCUGCUCUUCAUGUCCAUUUGACAUUCAUCAGCUCUGGAGUCAAUUUGCUUGAAGAAACAACCUCCUGGUGGUCCAAAUUAUUUAGCAAACGAAACCUGCAAUAUCUCCACCAGAGUGCAAUGAACAAGGCCUUGCAGAGUCCAAAUGGACACCUGAACUUGUUCCUCCGCUUCCUCCUGGGUCUUUCACUGCAGACCAGUCAGACUCUCCUACGAGGCCUCGUGACACAGACUGGAAGUAACUCACAGACCAUUAAGAAAACAGUACAGUACAUCAAGGAGAAGCUAAGUGAGAAUCUGUCUGUAGAGAAAAGCAUUACUCUGUUCCACUGUCUGAAUGAACUGAUUGAUCAUUCUCUAGUCGAAGAGAUCCAACAGUCCCUGAGAUCAGGAAGUCUCUUCACAGAUAAACUGUCUCCUGUUCAGUGGUCAGCGCUGGUCUUCAUUUUACUGUCAUCAGAAAAAGAUCUGGAUGUGUUUGAUCUGAAGAAAUACUCUGCUUCAGAGGAGGCUCUUCUGAGGAUGCUGCCAGUGGUGAAAGCCUCCAACAAAGCUCUAUUGAGUGGUUGUUUCCUUUCAGAGAGAAGCUGUGAAGCUCUGUCCUCAGUUCUCAGCUCCCAGUCCUCUACUCUGAGAGAGCUUGACCUGAGUAUCAACAACCUCUGGGACUCAGGGGUCAAGCUUUUGUCUGCUGCACUGCAAAGUCCACACUGUACAUUGGAAACACUGAGAUUGAGUGAUUGUUUCCUCUCAGAGAGAAGUUGUGAAGCUCUGUCCUCAGUUCUCAUCUCCCAGUCCUUUAGUCUGAGAGAGCUUGACCUGAGUAUUAACAACCUCCAGGAUUCAGGAGUGAAGCUUCAGUCUGCCGCACUGCAAAGUCCCCACUGUAGACUGGAAACGCUUAGAUUGAGUGAUUGUUUACUCUCAGAGAAAAGCUGUGAAACUCUGUCCUCAGUACUCAGCUCUCAGUUCUCUAGUCUUAAAGAGCUGGACCUGAGUAUUAACAACCUCCAGGAUUCAGGAAUGACGCUUCUGUCAGCUGCACUGCAAAUUCCACACUGUAUGCUAGAAACUCUGAGGGUGAGUGGCUGUUUCCUCUCAGAGAGAAGCUGUGAAGCUCUGUCCGCAGUUCUCAGCUCCCAGGCCUCGAGUCUAAAAGAGUUGGACCUGAGCAACAAUGUCCUCCAUGAUUCAGGCGUGGUGCUUCUGUCUGUUGCAGUGGAGAGUCCACACUGUUGCCUAAAAAGUCUAAUAUUAAGUGGCUGUUUUCUUUCAAGGAGAAGCUAUGAAGCUCUGUCCUCAGUUCUCAGCUCACAGUCCUCUAAACUGAAAAAGCUGGACUUAAGUAACAACAACUUACAGGAUUCAGGAUUGAAGUGUCUGUCAGCUGCACUGCAGAGUCGUCAUUGUACACUGGAAACUCUGAGACUGGGUGGCUGUAAUCUCUCAGAGAAAAGCUGUGAAAUUCUGUCCUCAGUUCUCAGCUCCCAAUCCUCUAGCCUGAGAGAGAUGGACCUGAGUAACAACGACCUGGAGAAUUCAGGACUUAGAUUUCUGUCUGCUGCACUGGAGAGUCCACAUUGUACACUACAAAUUCUCAGUUUAUCACGCUGUCUUAUCACAGAGGAAGGUUGUAUGUUUCUGGGAUCAGCUCUGAGCUCCAACCCCUCCCAUCUAAAAGAGCUGGAUCUGAGCUACAAUGACCCAGGCGAUUCAGGGAUAAAGCUGCUGUCAGCUGGUAUAAAGGAUCCACGCUGGAGACUGGACACUCUCGGGGUGGAGCCUGCUGGAGUCCAAUGGUUGAGACCAGGUCUGAGGAAGUAUUCCUUGUCCCUGUGCUGA